GGAUGACGUCACAACAUGACGUCUGCCGUACUGACAGGGCGAUGUCGCCUCUGUUUAGUGUUUACCAUCCAGAUGCCGCUGGGAUGAAUAACAUCUGGACGCAAAACAGAGCGACUUUUUAUACAACACCUUAACACCUAAACAGAAACAUGGAGAGCCAGCCGUCCAUCCUGAGGGAAUUCUGCCCACUCCAGCAUCUGCUGAACUUCAUCCCGGCCAAAGUUCAACGUGGUUUCCGCUCGGUGGUGGUCUACCUGACGGCGGUGGACAGCAGCCGUGACUUUGUGGUAGUGGGCAGCAGCAUUGGCAUGUUGUACCUUUACUGCCGCCGCCUGGCGCACAUGAACAAGUACAGUCUGGAGGGUAAGUGCGACGCCAUCACCGCUGUGAAGCUCCUGAGCUGCUUUGACGACCUGGUGGCCGCGGGAACAGCGUCGGGUCGGGUGGCCAUAUUCCAGCUGGUGUCACCGCUGCCGGGUCGCAACAAGCAGCUACGGCGCUUCGAUGUGGUGGGCCUCCACAAAGGCACGGUCACGUCUUUGGCUUGGAGUACCAACGGCAUGAAGCUUUUCUCUGGGGACGACAAAGGACGCGUAGUGUUCUCCGCUCUCGACCUUGAUCAGGGUACGUGUACACCGGUGCUAAUCCUGGAGGAACUCGGUGGUGUGGUUCAGCUGGAUUACAGUCACCAGGUUCUUCUGGUGUCCACGCAACAACGCUCUCUACUGUAUUGUACACACACGCAGCAGGUCCAGCAGAUCGGCGCCAAACCGAGAAAAAGUAGCGGCAGGUUCGGUGCCUGUUUCCUGCCAGCUCUUUGCAAGCAGAGCGACCUUCAAGUCUUCGCAGCCCGACCGGGACUCCGACUCUGGCGGUCUGACAUCUCUGGUCACGUGGUGGACACCAGACUGUUGAAAGGCCUCUUUAACACUCGGAUUCCCCACUUUGAAAUCUUCCCUCGUCCCGCCCCAGCGGGGGCGUACCGUCCGCCCGAGUGUCAGCUGGGUCUGCUCAGCUGCUUCCUCAAGGAAAAUUGGAUCCUAAGCUGGAACGAAUACAGCGUCUAUGUACUGGACUGCGUUAACCAGGUAAUGAUCGGCGCUUUGGAGAGCAGCGGAGACAUUGUGUCGCUGUCCUGCUGCGACAACGAGAUCUUCAUCCUGAAGGGGGACCGCGACCUCAUCCGACUGUCGGACAGUCCCGAGGGAGCGUGUGGCGCCUCCCCUUCGCCGUCUCACCUUCCUGCGCGUCUGUCUUCGCCCCUGACCCCGCAAGGCAAUGUUGUCACGCCCACAGGUUGCGUGGAGAUGGCUCAACCCAUCAGGACCAUGGCCAUCAUUGUGGAGGGCGGAGACAGCGAAGGGGGCGGGAGGAGAGAGGAAGAGGAGGAAGCUGAGGAAGCGCAAGAAAAGGAUGAGGGUGGCGGGGUCCAGAGCAGUUGCUCGCACAGUCGGAGCAGCUCCAUCACUUCCUGGGACAGUCUCCACGGAAACGCCUCCAGCGACGCCGGUUCUCGUCGCUACAGCGCCCCCCUGGGACAGGAGGAAGUGUGGCAGGAGCUGGUGGUGAAAGCGGUCAAGGUGAAGAAAAAGAAGAGGCAAAGACAAGAUAGCGGCAGUGGGAAUCGUCUGUCUGAGAGCAGCUGCUCGGAGUCCAUGUUUGUAGUCCAAGAUGGCAGCUGCAGCGACGGUAGCAGCGGCGCGUCCUUCUUGGGACUGGAACUCCCAAAACGAGACUCUCCAAUGGAAAUCAGGGAAGGAAAUAGGACAGAGUUUGAAGUUCAGGGGGAGGAUUCAAGCCGCUUGCCACCUCAAGAUCCAGAGAAGGAAGCGGCACCCCUCACCCCGGAUGUGGACAUGCUUCUGGAGUGCACCUUUUCUUACACGCGGCAUGACGGACAGGAGCAGCAGCCAAUGGAGGAGCAGGAUGACAACUUUCUUGGCUCGGCUAUGCGAGCUAGGGCGAGCCAGUCAGACGACUCGGAGCCACCUACCAGGGUGACGGACUGGACCGGGGAUUCUGGCGAGAAGAAGCCGAGCAUGUCUAGCGAUGACGAAGAGAGCGACAUCUACCGUCAUGGUCAAACCAACGUGGGUGAAACGGAACACGUGAACGCCGGUAAAAACCAAGCGGCUGAUGAAGCUUUGCGGCAGGAUGCUCAGGACGGAGGAACACAGAAAGCCGCGCAAUUGGCUGAAUGUUGGAUGGGGUACUCUGGACCUGGAUGCGGAAUACUCAGUCUUCACGUGACUGACAGGUGCGUGUGGUGUUUGGACUUCAAAGGUGGACUCUAUUGCAGCCCCUUGCCUGAAAGUAGCCUCCAAUGGCAGCGCUUUGAGGACAACAUCCACCAAGUGGCACUCUCACCCUCAGGGAACCUGCUGUGGAAGGUAGAGCAGAAGAGCAUGACGGCGUAUGCCUGCGCCAAAACGUCGGCGCGAGGCAAGCGCCACUGGUACAAGGCAGCGGAGGAGGCAGCCUUUGUGGCCCUCAGUGACGACUCGGCCUGGAUCAUCAAAACCAACGGAGACCUCCACCUGCAGACGGGUCUCAGCAUGGAGCGUCCGUGCGCACGCUCGGUGAAGGUGGACACUCCAUGCGUCUUCAGCCAGGUCUGCGCACGAGGGGGCGUGGUCUGGGCCCUGAGCGAGCACAACGCUCUGUUCUACAGGGAAGGGCUCGACACUUUCUGCUCGCUUGGAGACACCUGGAAGUACGACACGGUCAGACACGAAGAUCCAAAUUCAACGCUACUUCCGACAUGUUUGAGUGGCAGUGAGGCCCAAGGUGUGGAGCUCAUGUGUGUGACGCUGGGGGACGGCGGCACGGCCUGGGCGCUGGAUGUCAACGGCAGGCUGUUCUUCAGAACAGGGGUGACCUCUGAACGACCGCAGGGAGAUGACGACCACUGGUGGCAGGUCAGUAUUUCCGACUACGUGGUCUUUGAUCAAGGCAGCUUGUUCCAGACGCUCCUGAACGCUACGCAAAGUGUGGCCACGGUGACCAAAGCGCCGGUGGAGCGGGUAGUGGCCUUCCUGUCGCAGUACUCGCAGCGUCAGCCCAUCCUGGUCAGCGCCAACGCCGCUGGUGUGUGGGUGGCGUCUGGACGCAACAGACUUCACUUGGCCAGGGGCAGCCUGGUGGGAACGUUCUGGCAGAAUUUAGUGCCAAGAGGAACUGUGGCGGCCACCAGGUGGAGCGCCGUGACCUCUUCUGCGGCACCCCACAAAGAGGGUACUUUCCUGUGGUUGGCUCAGAGCAAGAAGGAUCUCUUUUGCGUGUGGGAUCAGGAUGGAGAACUGCGCCCAUCCACAGUCACGCUGCCACAGGAGGUGGAACUGACCCAGCUGUCGGCCUGCCGCGAUGCCCUUUGGGGACUGGACUGCCACGGCCGGGUGUUCAUUCGCUCCCUGUCAGCGUCCUGUCCAGCCGGUCUUCACUGGACAGCGCUUGACCUCAGCCAGCUCGGAAGUGUACGUCUGGUGAGCAUUAGCUGUGGCAGCCAGAAUGUCUGGGCUCUGGACAGCCGAGGGCUGGUCUACUUCCGAGUUGGAACUCAACCACUGAACCCCAACAUGAUGCUUCCUGCUUGGAUCCACAUAGAACCGCCUGACCAGCCGGUAGGAGUCCAGCUGAUCAGUAUUGAGACAAGUCCUAAUGAUCGUUUUCUGUGGGCGUUGGACAACAGAGGCACCGUCUUUGUCAGAACCGGACUAAAUGACGAGAUGCCGGUCGGGACAAACUGGGACCUGGUGCCAGGCCUGACCGUCAGUCAGCUGGUUCUCAGUUGUCAGACAGUUUGGGUCAGAUGCGUCAAUGGAGAUUUGGCUCGACGGUACGGCGUCUCUGAUAGGAACCCAGCUGGAGACUACUGGAAGAAAAUCCCAGGAACCGCCAAUUGGUUGACUGUCACUACAGAAGACGACCUUUGGGCUGUGACUCCAGUUGGUGGACUGGCCCGUCGGAUGACGAAACUCCUCCCACAAACGCCCCAUCGCCCGCCUCCGUCCGGGACAAACGCCGCUGGCGACGAUGUCGACGAUGAGUGGGAGCUCCUCUGAUGUGGACUUUUGUAAGCUACUAUUAACCUUUUUUUUUUUUUUUUUUUUUUUUUUUUUUUUUUUUUUUGCUUCCCCUUGGAAUGAUGCUGACCUGGCCCGCGACAUCGCUGGCUUAAGUGUGAUAUUCUUUCAUGUUACGAGGAUGCACUUUAAGGCCAAGAAAUGGCUUGAACUGAUUAAAAGCUGCUGUCAAAUAUGGCCUCUGAUCAAACAAAGGAAUGUACAGUACAACUGUGAGGAAUAUGACCUGUUUUGUAUAGACUGUUUUAAGGGAUUUGGUAGAAAAACCAUUGGAGGAAGAGGAACUAUUCCAGAUAUGCACUGUAGUGGACUACUCGUACUGUAUGGAUGCAUACUCAUGCCACACGCCAGUGGAUUUAGAUAGACUCACCUGGACACUUGCACUUGAUUCAAGUGAGAUCUUGUUUCACGAACUCUUGGGGAAAUAAUGAAUCUUCCACCUGUGAACAACAUACCGAGGCCUCAACAGACUUGACUACCUAAUACUCACUUGGACUUUGGCAGACAUUUAAACGUAAAGGUCGACCGAUAUGGAAUUUUCAAAGGCCGAUGCCAAUACAGAGUUUAAAAAACAGGAUUCAGCCAAUUGCUGAUGUCUAAAGCCAAUAUUUGAGGCUGAUAUACUUUUUUAAGCACGUUGAUGAUGAAAGGCAAGUGAAACACUCAUUAUAGAAAUGUACUGUAUAUAUUCGAAGUUUAUUCAACUACUGACCACUACAUUGUGCAAAACUGCAGUUAACAAAGAUCAUCACCUAAACAGCAAACAUAACAGUUAUCCUAAGACAUCGGCUAUACUGUAUAUCGGCCGAUCUUGGGAAAAAAAAAAAUCCAUAUGUUGGCCACCCAAAAUAUAUUGGUCAAUCUUUACAGGAAAAAUGCUCACUCAAACAGUGAUCAUACAAUUAUCCUUUUACAUCGGCUACAUGUCGGCCAAUCUUGUCAGAGAUCUAUAUAUCAGCCCCAUAUACAGUGGGGCAAAUAAGUAUUUAGUCAACCACCAAUUUUGCAAGUUCUCCUACUUGAAAAUAUUAGAGAGGCCUGUAAUUGUCAACAUGGGUAUACCUCAACCAUGAGAGACAGAAUGAGGAAAAAAAUAACAGAAAAUCUAAUUGUUUGAUUUUUAAAGAAUUUAUUUCCAAAUUUGAAUGGAAAAUAAGUAUUUGGUCACCUACAAACAAGCAAGAUUUCUGGCUGUCAAAGAGUUCUAACUUCUUCUAACGAGGUCUAACGAGGCUCCACUCGUUACCUGUAUUAAUGGCACCUGUUUUAACUCAUUAUCGGUAUAAAAGACACCUGUCCACAACUCAGUCAGUCACACUCCAAACCAAGACCAAAGAGCUGUCGAAGGACACCAGAGACAAAAUUGUAGACCUGCACCAGGCUGCGAAGACUUAUUCUGCAAUAGGUAAAACGCUUGGUGUAAAGAAAUCAACUGUGGGAGCAAUUAUUAGAAAAUGGAAGACAUACAAGACCACUGAUAAUCUCCCUCGAUCUGGGGCUCCAUGCAAGAUCUCACCCCGUGGCGUCAAAAUGAUAACAAGAACGGUGAGCAAAAAUCCCAGAACCACACGGGGGGACCUAGUGAAUGACCCUACAGAGAGCUGGGACCACAGUCACAAAGGCUACUAUCAGUAACACAAUGCGCUGCCAGGGACUCAAAUCCUGCACUGCCAGACGUGUCCCCCUGCUGAAGAAAGUACAGGUCCAGGCCGGUCUGCGAUUCGCUAGAGCAGGGGUUCCCAACCUAUUCCACUAAGGCACACUGUGGGUGCAGGAUUUCAUUCUUACCAAACAAGAUGACAACACUUUUUCCCCAAUCUGGUGUUUUACAAGUGCAAUCAGUUGAUUGCAGUCAGGUGUGGCUUGUUUUAGCAGAAGCCUCAUUGGUUCAACUGUCUCUGCUGGAUCGGCUGGAACAAAAACCAGGACCCACAGUGUGCCUUGAGGACUGGGUUGAAAACCCCUGCGCUAGAGAGCAUUUGGAUGAUCCAGAAGAGGACUGGGAGAAUGUGUUAUGGUCAGAUGAAACCAAAAUAGAAUUUUUUGGUACAAACACAUGUUCUCGUGUUUGGAGGUGAAAGAAUACCGAAUUGCAUUUAAAGAACACCAUACCCACUGUGAAGCAUGGGAGUGGAAACAUGAUGCUUUGGGGCUGUUUUCCUGCAAAGGGACCAGGACGAUUGAUCUGUGUAAAGGAAAGAAUGAAUGGGGCCAUGUAUCAAGAAAUUUUGAAUGAAAAUCUCCUUCCAUCAGCGAGGGCAAUGAAGAUGAGACAUGGCUGGGUCUUUCAGCAUGACAAUGAUCCCAAACACACAGCCAGGGAAUCAAAGGAGUGGCAUUUCAAGGUUCUGGUUUUUUUUCUCCACAUUAUGUCUCUCAUGGUUGAGGUUUACCUAUGUUGACACUUACAGGCUUCUCUCAUAUUUUCAAGUGGGAGAACUUGCACAAUUAGUUGUUGACUAAAUACUUAUUUGCCCCACUGUAUCAGCCGACCAUUAUGAGAAAGGUCGUCAACCAGUGAUCAUUACAGCUGUACUAUUAUAUCAACUCUAGAUAUGUCUAAUCUCGGAAAAUGUCAAUAUAUUGGCCCGUUAUGUCGGUCGACCUUUACUUGGAACACCAGUGGAUCGAUGGACUAAAGGAAUCUCUGGUGUCACUGAGGAUCAAGUAAUCUUCCUUGGGAUGACAUCCUUUGAAGAAUGGACCUGGACUCUUAAAAACAUACUGGAUACCUGUGGACUGAUGGACUUGAGUGAACUCCAGUGGAUUGGGUUUUAAGAAUUCUUGGUGGAACAGGAAAUAUUUCACCUGAGCAAGCCUCUACUUUGGUUCACUACACAUGUAGACCUACUCUCCACUCAGAUGAUUUUAAGUAGACUCCCCUGGACAGUAACCAGACUCUACUGGACAACAUACAAACACGCUACUUUCGCCUGGCUUUUCUGACCUCAAAUGCUCUGCUAGACUUUCUUGACUCAUACAGAUGCUCUGGACUUCAGAAGAACUCUUGGGGUAACAAGCAACCAACCACGAAGGACUGCAUACAUACUGUAUAGACUUAAGAGGAUUAAACUAACAAUACUCUAGCAAA